AUGACCACCACUGCCAAAGAACAACCACCCAACAUUGAUCUCAACUAUUAUGAACAGCCCAGUAUCAUUUCUUAUUUUGAUGCUAUUCUAGAUGAUUUAAAAAAUGACCUUGCAUCCUUUGGAUGUGAUACCGCGUUUACAGCACCCGAGCUUGCUUAUUUUACUGGUCGAUUUCUCAAGUUCCAACAAGAGGCUCCUAUGGCUCGUAUACCUACACGCUUCUUCAAUGUAGAGGCACUUGCAAAACCAUCUCCUCUCUAUACUAUUCUUCAGACAGCUUACAGUUUUCAAUCAGACAAGGACUUGAGUGAUUGGCAAUUUGAUGCACCUGAAAAUAAAGAUGUCUAUAUUCAAUUGAUUGAUGUGGUUAAACAACAACUUGUUCAAGAAGGAUAUGAUGAGACACCAAUGAUUGGGUUUGAUACACAAGUAGAGGCACACCAACGACAAGCAUGGUCACAGAUGGUACAUCUAUUAGGAGGUCAAGUGGUGGAUGUGCCCAAUGCAACUCAUAUUGUGUACAAUAAUACGGAUCCUGUCUUUCAUCCAGCAGAGAGAGCAUAUUAUGUCCAAGAGACGCAAUACAACAGAUCAUGGAUUCAUUUUGUGGGUUUACCAGAAUCACAUAAUCAAUGGGUAGAAGAACUACCACCUAACCAAGUUUCCAAACCUACUGUCAGCAUACCAUAUCACUUAAGAGCUACUUGGCUCUUGGAUAGUUUUACAUAUAAAGAAUGGAUGGUACCUGAAGACUAUGACUAUCCAGACAAACCAAGUCUAAAACGAUCUGCUACCAUGGACAGUGUAGACAACCCAAACAAGAAGCUCAAGACACCUGAAGAGCAUGAAGAGAUCAAGACAGAACCUCUUUUACCCAUCAACCUUUCAGCUAUACCCUUACCUGAAGAAGAUCCACAACGUUAUCUUUCUAUUCAGGCACAUGAUAUCAUUAUUCCAUCUUAUGCUGGCUGGUUUGAUAUUACCUCUGUACAUCCUAUUGAAUCUAAAUCACUACCUGAAUUCUUUAAUAAUCUCAACAAAUCCAAGACACCCACUGUCUAUAAAGAAUACCGUGAUUUUAUGGUGAAUACGUAUCGCAUGAAUCCAGUAGAAUAUUUGACGAUUACUGCCUGUAGAAGAAACCUAACGGGUGAUGUGUGUUCUAUUUUACGUGUGCAUUCAUUCUUGGAACAAUGGGGAUUAAUUAAUUAUCAGGCAAGGGAGUUAUGUUGUCUUGUGGAUCCUGAAGCCAAAUUCUCAUCACUAAGUGCAUCUUUUGAUAGUCAAUUCAAAAUAGUACUCGAUAAACCUUCAGAGAUAAUAACAACAAAAGAAGAAGAAGAAGAAGAACAAGUAAAAGAAGAACCAGUGACAACACAUUAUGACUUUAACAAACCAACAGAACAACAGACAUGUUCUAGUUGCGAAAAUGACUGUGCUGAUGAACAAUACUGCAGUACAACAAAAUCUGAUUUCUAUCUCUGUCGUACAUGUUUCGUCGAAGGCAAAUAUCCACCCAAUCAAAAGAGUGGUCAUUUUGUAUUAGAAAAGACAAGACAAACAGAAGAGCCAAUGGAAGAAUGGACUGAAGAAGAAGAAGCCAUGCUACAAGAAGGACUGAACCUGUAUGAUGAUGAUUGGGAAAAGAUUGCAGAACAUGUAGGCACACGGACACACGAUGAAUGUGUCUUACACUAUCUUGAACUACCUAUGCAAGAUCCAUUUCAACAUGCUGAAUUAAAGGAAUUGGGUUUAUUGCAAUAUGAUACAGCACAGCAUAAAGAAAAUCCAGUGAUGGCUGCUGUUGCCUUUUUAGCAUCUUCUGUUAAACCACAGGUAGCAACAGCAGCAGCAACAGGCCAUGUAGCAGAGAUAGAAAAAGAACCAGAGCAAGAGGAUUCACUAUUGGAAUUAACUACCAUGCUCACUAGACACAAACUCACUCAUUAUCAACAGCAGCUAACACACUAUGAAGCACUCGAGAAUAUGGUAGAAAGACAAAAGAGACUGUUGGAGAAAGAAAGACGUCAAUUAGAACAUGAUCAGACUGCAUUAAAACGAAACAUAUUGAAUAUCCGUCUUGAAAUGACAAAAAAGAGUAGUUCUGCUACUGCUAUUGCCAAUAGUAUCACACCUGCACAACUACAACAAUUGGCUGGUCAUAGUCCAUCCAUGUUUCUUCAGGGUAUGCUACCACAACCACAACCACCAUUACCACCACAACAUGUACUGCAACAACAACAACAACAACAACAUUCUCCUCAAGUAUUACAACAAUUACAACAACAACAACAGCAAUAUCACUUGCAAAUGCAAAUACAGCUACAGCAACAACGUCUUCAAGCACAGCGACAACAACAACAACAACAACAACAACAGCAGCAAGGUUUUAACAACAUGAUGUCCAAUAAGUAA